CAAUGAGAUCGAAAGGUGAAAGAGAUCAGAGUGAAUAUCUUUGUUAGCGAUUGUGUGUGGCUGUGGAGAGAAGAAGACAACGAUGGAGAUGACCGCACAGCAACUGAGCCAAUACAACGGCACGGACCCAUCGAAGCCAAUCUACGUCUCGGUGAAGGGCCGCGUGUUCGAUGUCACCACCGGAAAAUCCUUCUACGGCCCCGGUGGCGCUUACGCGAUGUUCGCCGGAAGAGACGCCAGCAGAGCCCUAGCGAAGAUGAGCAAGAACGAGGAAGAUAUCUCCCCCAACCUCGAUGGCCUCUCCGACAAAGAGAUCGGCGUUCUCAAUGACUGGGAGAACAAGUUCGUAGCUAAGUACCCUGUUGUUGCUCGCCUUGUUUCUUAAUCAAUUGCAAUUCACAACCAUCAUCAUCAUGAUCAUCAUGUGUUUCUGUUAAUUUCUGUUGCUGAAUCACUGAAUCAUCAUCCUCAUCCCCAUAACCCUAAUAAAUAAAACUAUGUUGUAAAAGGGGAUUUAUGACCUUAAUCUAAGUAUUGUGUGUAAAAAUUUAUAAACAUGAUCAAUUAGCGCAGAAAUGUUGUUUCGUGCUGAGUUUGAGAAAUUUUAAGGACCUGUUUGUGUCA